AUGGCGCUCCUGGUGCAGCUGCUGACCCUGGCUCUGGCACUGGCCCUGGGCCCCACCGCGACCCUAGCGGGGCCCGCCAAGUCGCCCUACCAGAUGGUGCUGCAACACAGCCGCCUCCGGGGUCGCCAACACGGGCCCAAUGUGUGUGCUGUGCAGAAAGUCAUUGGCACCAACAAGAAAUACUUCACCAACUGCAAGCAGUGGUACCAGAGGAAGAUCUGUGGCAAGUCAACAGUCAUCAGCUAUGAGUGCUGCCCUGGAUAUGAAAAGGUCCCAGGAGAGAAAGGCUGUCCAGCAGCUCUUCCACUCUCUAACCUUUACGAGACCCUGGGAGUUGUUGGAUCAACCACCACGCAGCUGUACACAGACCGCACGGAAAAGCUGAGGCCUGAAAUGGAGGGACCAGGCAGCUUCACCAUCUUUGCCCCUAGCAAUGAGGCCUGGGCUUUCUUGCCUGCGGAAGUGCUGGACUCCCUGGUAAGCAAUGUCAACAUCGAACUGCUCAAUGCCCUCCGCUACCAUAUGGUGGACCGGCGGGUCCUGACCGAUGAGCUGAAGCAUGGCAUGGCCCUCACCUCCAUGUACCAGAACUCCAACAUCCAGAUCCAUCACUAUCCCAACGGGAUUGUAACAGUUAACUGUGCCCGGCUGCUGAAAGCUGACCACCAUGCGACCAACGGCGUGGUGCACCUCAUUGAUAAGGUCAUUUCCACUGUGACCAACAAUAUUCAGCAGAUCAUUGAGAUUGAAGACACCUUUGAGACCCUUCGGGCUGCUGUGGCUGCAUCAGGGCUCAAUACCCUGCUGGAAGGUGAUGGCCAGUUCACAUUCUUAGCCCCGACCAAUGAGGCCUUCGAGAAGAUCCCUGCUGAGACCCUGAACCGGAUCCUGGGUGACCCAGAGGCCCUGAGAGAUCUGCUGAACAACCACAUCCUGAAGUCAGCCAUGUGUGCAGAGGCCAUUGUCGCCGGACUGUCCAUGGAGACCCUGGAAGGCACCACACUGGAGGUGGGUUGCAGUGGGGACAUGCUCACCAUCAACGGGAAGGCUGUCAUCUCCAACAAGGACAUCCUGGCCACCAACGGUGUCAUCCACUUCAUUGAUGAGCUGCUCAUCCCAGAUUCGGCCAAGACACUUCUUGAGCUGGCUGCAGAAUCUGACGUCUCCACAGCCAUUGACCUCCUCAGACAAGCUGGCCUCAGCACGCAUCUCUCUGGAAAAGAACACUUGACCUUCCUGGCCCCUCUGAAUUCUGUGUUCAAAGAUGGUGUCCCUCACAUCGAUGACCAAAUGAAGACUUUGCUUCUGAACCAUAUGGUCAAAGAACAGCUGGCAUCCAAGUAUUUGUACCAUGGACAGACACUUGAUACAUUGGGAGGCAAAAAAUUGAGAGUUUUUGUUUAUCGAAAUAGUCUCUGCAUUGAAAACAGCUGCAUUGCUGCCCAUGACAAGAGAGGACGGUAUGGGACCCUGUUCACCAUGGACCGGAUGCUGACUCCCCCAAUGGGGACCGUUAUGGAUGUCCUGAAGGGGGACAAUCGUUUUAGCAUGCUGGUAGCCGCCAUCCAGUCUGCAGGACUAAUGGAGACCCUCAACCGGGAAGGGGCCUACACUGUUUUUGCUCCCACAAAUGAAGCUUUUCAAGCCAUGCCCCUGGAAGAGCUGAACAAACUCUUGGCAAAUGCCAAGGAACUCACCAGCAUCCUGAAAUACCACAUUGGCGACGAAAUCCUGGUUAGCGGAGGCAUUGGGGCCCUGGUGAGGCUGAAGUCUCUCCAAGGCGACAAGCUAGAAGUCAGCUCGAAAAACAACGUAGUGAGCGUCAAUAAGGAACCUGUUGCAGAAACUGACAUCAUGGCCACAAAUGGUGUGGUCUAUGCCAUCAACAGUGUUCUGCAACCGCCAGCCAACCGACCACAAGAACGGGGAGAUGAGCUGGCGGACUCUGCCCUUGAAAUCUUCAAACAGGCUUCAGCAUUUUCCAGAUCUGCCCAGAGGUCUGUGCGGCUCGCUCCUGUCUAUCAGCGGCUACUGGAAAGGAUGAAGCAUUAG